ACGUUGAUGGCUGGAUUCAACAUCUCAUGCAAUGUAAGCAGCUGCCAGAAGCUGAUGUAAAGAGAUUGUGCGACAAGGCUCGUGAAAUUCUUACAGAAGAAUCCAAUGUGCAACCCGUUAGAUGUCCUGUGACAGUUUGUGGGGAUAUUCACGGUCAAUUUCAUGAUCUGAUGGAGCUUUUCCGUAUCGGCGGGAAUUCGCCUGACACGAAUUAUCUAUUUAUGGGAGAUUACGUUGACCGUGGAUAUUACUCCGUUGAAACAGUUACUCUUCUUGUCGCCCUUAAAGUCAGAUAUAGAGAUCGAGUUACAAUUCUUCGUGGCAACCAUGAAUCUAGACAAAUCACUCAAGUAUACGGGUUUUAUGAUGAAUGCCUAAGAAAAUACGGCAAUGCGAAUGUCUGGAAGUUUUUCACCGAUCUGUUCGAUUAUUUACCUUUGACAGCAUUAAUUGACGAUCAGAUCUUUUGUCUCCACGGCGGUCUAUCUCCAUCCAUUGAUACGUUAGACCACAUUCGUUCUUUGGAUAGGAUUCAAGAAGUUCCCCAUGAGGGUCCUAUUGCUCCUAAUUACUGUUAUCGUUGUGGUAAUCAAGCCGCAAUUAUGGAAAUUGAUGAGCACUUAAAAUAUACAUUGUAA